AUGGCGAGCCUGCCAACGAAAAAACUUUCUUCUUCCAAGUCUCGACCCAAUGAGGCUUCCAAGAACACUUCGCCUGUCAAAGAGACAGCAUCCAACGAGGUGGAUCAAUUAGCUGAAGUGAGGGCUCCAGCUUUUCAGUCAAAUCAGCCUGCUUCGCGAUAUGUCCAUCCCUUGCCGCAUACACUGGAGGUGGGUGAUGAUUUCGAGCUGUGGUCGGACAAGGUGUGCCGAUACAUUGAUCUGAUGAACGUGCCUCACCCGAACGCAUUCGUCAUCGAUUCUGUUGGACGGUCCUUGGAAAUGUACACAAUUGGUUUGGAUUACGUGCAUAUGCCCUUGACCACCCUGUUGAGUACUCUAAGAGCACGUAUAGUGCCACCAAUACCUCCCAUUGAAGCGCUGAAAAGAUUCAGCGAGUGUAACCAGAGACAAGGUGAAUCUAUCAACCAGUUCACCUUACGUCUCCGCAAGCUUGCGCGUCAAGCUAUGCAGGACAAGACAUAUUCAGAGGUUGAAAACGCUAUAUAUUCCAAGUUCUUGCAGGGUGUCGACGUCCGUUACAGGAAGGACUUCAACUUGCACACUCCAGCAUCCAUGGCAGAAGCGGAAGCUAGGGCACGCCUAGUGGAAAGCCUGGAAGAGCCAGGAACCACAUGCCCACAAGUAAACGCAAUGGGAUAUCAGCACACAACAACAAAGCAUGCACAGAAUCCUACACCACCGUGGAAAGGACGCCCACAGUCGCAAUCCACUUCAAGAAACGAUUGCUACUACUGCAGGCGGUUUGGUAAGCUUGCUAGGAGUUGUGGUCACAAUGCAG